AUGGCUUCCGCUGCCAGAUCUUUCACCCGCGCUCUGCGCUCGCCCGCCACAUCUUCGUUGAAGAGAAGCGCCACUUUCGUCCCUCGCACUACCUUUGCUCAGUCAAGCCGUCGUGGCUACGCUGAUGCCGCUGGCGCUAAGAAGGGUGGUAAUGGCCUCUUGAUCGGUGGUCUCGUUGCUGCUCUUGCUGGUGGUGCUGGUUUCUACUACAUGAACGGCGCUGAGCAGGCCAAGGCUGCUGGCGUCUUCACUCCCAAGCAGGAGGACUACCAGAAGGUCUACGACCACAUUGCUAAGCUUCUUGUUGAGCAUGACAACUACGAUGACGGCUCUUACGGACCUGUCCUUGUCCGUCUCGCAUGGCACGCCAGUGGCACCUACGACGCUGAGACAAAGACUGGUGGCAGCAACGGUGCCACCAUGAGAUUCCCUCCUGAGGGUGACCACGGUGCUAACGCCGGUCUUCACGCCGCUCGUGACUUCCUCGACCCCGUCAAGAAGGCGUUCCCCUGGAUCACCUACUCCGACCUCUGGACUCUUGCUGGUGUUGCUGCCAUCCAGGAGAUGCAGGGCCCCAAGAUUCCCUGGAGACCUGGCCGCAACGACCGUGACGUCUCUUACUGCACUCCUGACGGCCGUCUCCCCGAUGCCUCCAAGGAGCAGAAGCACCUCCGCGCCAUCUUCAACCGCAUGGGCUUCAACGACCAGGAAAUUGUCGCUCUUUCUGGCGCCCACGCUCUCGGCCGCUGCCACACCGACCGUUCCGGUUUCUCUGGCCCCUGGACCUUCUCCNCCACCACUCUCACCAACGACUACUACAAGCUCCUCAUGGAAGAGAAGUGGUCCUACAAGAAGUGGGAUGGCCCCAAGCAGUUCGAGGAUGUCUCCACCAAGACCUUGAUGAUGCUUCCCACCGACAUGGCCCUGAUCAAGGACAAGAGCUUCAAGGCCCACGUCGAGAAGUACGCCAAGGACAACGAGGCCUUCUUCCACGACUUCUCCAACGUCGUCAUGAAGCUCUUCGAGCUCGGCGUUCCCUUCCAGACCGAGGAGCGCAUGACUUUCAAGGCUUCCGAGUAA